AUUAAAUUAUAUUUUAACAUUGCGUGCAUGUUUUUGUGUGUUAACAUAAAUUUGAGCUCUUAAUUUUGUAUUAAACUUAUAUAACAGUUAAUUAAAAUGACUUUGAAAAGGUGACGUUACCUCUUCUGAACUAUAACAAAGUGUAAAUUGGAACUAUGGAUUCGAAUAUACAUUAAGUGAAGUGAAAUAUAUUAAGAACUGCAAAAUGGAGGGUGCAAUACUAAGCACCCAAAGUAAUAACAGAUUUCGAACGCAUUUGAAGAAUGCAGCUACAGUAUUAUGUGCUAGGACGCUUCCGAAGUCGAGAUGUAACGAACAAUCGGCUAGUUCCUCUAGACAUCACACCUAUCCACGAUCUUCUCCGCCGAAGCGACCAUCUAUUUCCUGCAGAAUGGAACCUCUUAUGAGUGAAUUAGCUCCGCUAUCGACACUCAAGCAAGCCGAAUGUGUCCAAUGCAAAAUGAUCCCGCAAAAUAUUAACAAAUCCAACAGUGUUGUCAAAUUAAAAAGUACUUUGGCCCGGGAGGUAGCACACGCUUGGGAGUGCCGUAUUGGUCCACCCGACCAGCCGGCGCCCGCCCACCGAGUACAAAGCCUCUUCAACGAUAUCGAACUGUAUCCAACUAAAACGCAGGUGUUUGAAAUGCUCGUUUGCGCGCGUCAGUGUGCACGAAGAAAAUCUCUCAUCCUGACCUUUGGAGAAUUUUGCGUAUUUGCUGCUGAACUUCGUCGGUGUUCAAGACAAACCAGACAAACAUCGGACAAACCCGAGUCACCCGUAUGGAGCUUAGAAAAGGAACUACGGGAAAAGGAAGCCAUAUGUAAACAUGUUAACGGCAGCGAGGCGUCGCCACCUCCUUGUGAGGUGUUCCUGGGAGGGUCCUGCAACCCGACCACGUGGAGAUCGGAUAUCGCUAUUCCUAUGCUUAAGAAGAUGGGCAUCACAUAUUUCAACCCCCAAGUAGACGACUGGUCGACGGAGUUAAUGGAAGUAGAGCACCGCGCGAAGGCCGAGGCGCGGGCGCUGCUGUUCGUGCUGGACAGCGAGACGCGCGCCGUCGCCGCCAGCGUGGAGGCCGCGCACCUGGCCGCCGCGCCGCGCGACCUGCUGCUCGUGCUGCGCCCCUACUCGCGCCACCAGACCAUCGGCCGCGAGACCAUUUCUGACCAAGAAUACGUUGAGUUGUCGCGAGCUCGAGCAACACUACAAGAAGCAGUGGAGCGACGAGGCCUACCGGCCUUCACGGACAUACCGGCUGCGUUACGAUGCGCCCGCGCCGUUCUCCGAGGCGCGCGUACGCACCCGCGUCACUCGUUGGGUCACACGAUUCUGCGACUGAAACGCGUUUACGACGCAGCGGGUGGCAGGAAUGCGCGGCUACCGCGCGCACGAGCUGUUGAUGCACUCAAAGACGCGACGCGGGCGCCGCGCGAUCUCGCUGAACGGUGUUUACCACCGAACGCAGAUACAGUUGAUUUUGAGACCUUUUGUGCUGCCGUCGCGGAGCUAGCUGCUGAUGCGGGUUUGCACUCGCCGCGAACGCCGUCGGGCUCGAGCGUGGCGGCGCGCGUGCGUCGCGCGUUUCGUUCGCUGCGCGAUUUGAUCACCUCGUCUGGCUUGUCCUCCGAAUAUCAAAGUCGCCACGGUUCGGAGUCGGAGAGCGUGGAAGCGUCGAGCGAGCGAGUGUCGACCGCUCGCGAACAGAACGGCCUGCGCGCGUACAACCCGCGCCUGCGCGCCUACGGGCAGAAGCUCUCUUUGUUUAUACCCAAGAAUGGUAGCAACCGACCAGCUGUAGAUGAAGGUACCGCGUCAGGAGCCAGCAGCGGUGACUCAGUGUUCACGCCGGGAACGGAACGGCGACUCGAAAGGCUACCUGCCAUGCUGGGAGCGCCCGUCCACGAUGUGUAUCUCGGCGGAUCUUUUCCCACGAGCGGCGCGCGGCCGGAGGAGGUGCUGCGGCGCGAGGGCUUCACGUGCGUGGUCCCGCGCGCCAACGACUACACGCGCAUGUUCUCGGCGCCCGCGCGCCGGCCCGCGCCCGCCUCGCCGCGCCGCGACAAGAAGCCGCGCCCCGACGGCGACGUCGAGCUGCGCGAGCGCGCGCCCGCCGAGCGCGACGACCGCGCCGAGCGCCUCAGCGCGUCCGACUUCUACAGCGUCACGGACGACGUCACGCCGCAGCCCUUCAAAGGCACGUACGACGAGGAGCUGCUGCUGGGCUCGCGCGUGCUGGUGUUCGCGCUGAGCGCGGAGGCGCCGAGCUUCGCCGCCAUGGUGCUGGCCGCGCACUACACGGGGCUGCGGCCCGCGCACACCGUGCUGCUGGUGCAGCCGCUGGACGCCGCGCGCGCGCCGCCCUACAGCGAAACGGCAGUGAAGGACUACAACCGCGGGCGCCACUACCUCACAGACCUGGCGCGGCGCGCCGGCGUGCCCGUGUUCGACAGCGUGGACGCCACACUGGCCUACGUCGUGGCGCGCCUGCGGGCCACCCACUGACCGCCCACUCACCGCCCACUCACCGCCCAUUCGCUGCCCACUCGCCGCCCACUCGCCGUCCACUCACGCCCGCCAGACACUGCGAGAAGCUCGACUUCAAAUCUAAAGCGAACUUAGUUUUGUAAAUAGCAAUAGUUUCGCUUAGUGUCGCGUUCGUCUCACUGAGGACGUGGGUGAUAUUUACUUCGAGGAAGAAUCCUAUAAUGCACGCGUGUGUCGGCGUCGGCCGACGGUUAACUGGUAUUAUCGCUUACCGUGUCGACGAUAUCGUGAAUCUCAUUCAUAUGUACCCUUCGAUUGUCGAUGCUAGGAUUUUUCGUACGUAAUUCCAUAGUAAUAUUAUCACAAACUACGUAAUAAAGACAUCACAAACUAACCAUCGUAAAAUUGUAGGUUAUCGCGGCGAGGAGUCUCAUAUACGUGUACUUAUUAUUUCUUAUCUGUUUAAUAAUUUUGAACACUUAGUCUAGUACAAAGAAGUCUCUCUUUUACUUCGCCACUCUCUAUUGUGUUAUAAAUAUGAAAGUGUAGGAACUCGUUUUAAUGCGAUCUAGUGUGAAAGAGCCGAAUGUGAGGUGAUGGUAAAAUAGUGUCGUUUUUAACAAAUCUCUGUGAUGAAUUUGUUUAGGAAAUUUUAAUGAUUUGAAUUUUCAAUGCAUACAUAUAAGUUAGUGUAUGAUAAUAUAGAAUAAUAACGCAGGCGGAGAAUUUAAAAUGGCAUGUUAACAUGUUUGAAUGAAUCUUAACAUGACAAAUGCAUAUGUCAGUACACACGUCUAGUGAGUGUCGAAUAGUUGAUAUUCCUGAAUACUUUUCUCGUAUUUUAUUAUCUUCGAAUGAACGCUGUUAUUUAAAUGACUAAUGGUAUUUUAAAAAGUGCCGCUUGUCAUUUUUUUAGGAUGUAUAGUGGGUCUCGUAGACAAUUUUCUCAAGUUAGAUCUUUUAGUGUAUUGGCAUACUGCUGUUAAAGUAAUUUACAGAUAUGUUUACUAAAUCAGCUUGGAUAAUGAAAAGUACAAAUGUGUUUUGCUCAUGUAGCAAAUGUAAGAGUACGGUUGUAUUGUUAUUGGGAAAAUAUUAAGAAAAAUUAAUCGUUAUUCACCUUAUACUCAUUUUUAAUAUAGUUAUAAUGAAAUGGUAGAUUUCUAAAGGUUAUGCAAAAUUUUUAAUUCGCUUGCAAAAUAAUCAGGCUUGUAAAGCCUCGAUUCCAUACCUAAACUAGGUAUAGCAUAGGGUAAUAUUAGAUAAUUUAAGUUGUAAAACUUUGACCCACUGUCACUAAAAUAUUACAAUUUUAUAUAAUCGGCAAAUAUUAUUUGCUAGUCACAUUAUCCAUUAACAUAUAUAAGUUACUUUGUAAUAUUGUUUGAUAGUACAAAAAUCUAAUUUAUAGAAAAUUAUUUCAUAUAUUAAUUUUAAUUAUAUGCCAUGUACGCUUAUUUUAAACUAAAAACAUCACAUGUAAAUAUAGAAAUUUGUAAUUA